CUGACAGGAAGUCUGGACCAGACUCCCUUUCUGUUCCACCCAGCCGGGUCUUGAUCCAGUUUUCUCCCAGUAAACGGAGCCAGAAAGCGGCGUGAAGCGAGGACAGCCCGCCGGGAUGGAGGAGUAUCAAAACGGCAGCGAGGGUUCAUUUAACUCAGAGGAGGCGGAAGUCAUCGUUAAAGAGGUAAAGCUAAAAACAUUAUGUGUAACGUGCUCCGUGAUGCAGAAAACCGGCGCCGGCCUCCACACCGCCAACUCCUGCUACUGGGACACCAGCAUGGACGGAAGCUGCACCGUGAGGUGGGAGAACCGGACCAUGUACUGUGUGGUCAGCGUCUUCGCCGUCUCCAUCGCUUAGAGGUCGAGGGGCUGCAACGCGGCGAUCUGAGCAGCAGGGGGAGCCAGACGACAAGCUUCUGUAUCUAAAGCUGCAGCUGUAUCAUGUAGGAAGGAUGUUUUUAUAUAAAAGCUGCUGCUAAAUAAACAUAAAUUCUGGACCAAAUGGGAGGUUUUGUUUUUUUUAUGCA